CUAGCUCCUCCCAACCCCGCCGACCAAUAUUUCUAUAUAAACAGACUCUUUAUCUCUCACUUAAACUAAACCUCAUCCUUUCAAAAACAAAGACCAGAUUGCUUCAUCUUUGGUUCCCUUUCCCUACUCUCCAUUAAAUAUAUCAGGUGGCAAAAAAAAGCAUCAAUAUAUAAACUACAGACUACACCUAUAUUCCAUUAGAACAUCACUUCGACUCUUAAUUAUCAAAAGAGCGAGGUCGAUCCGCUCUCCCCCAAAACAAAGAGCAUCAUGGCCGCCACCCCGCCCCCAGCCAAGAGCGGCCUCACCAUCAACAGCAUCCAGAUGGGCAGACUGCACCGUAAGAAUGCUAUUGUCACCGGCGCUGCAGGUGGCAUCGGUCUAGAGACCUCCAUCCUCUUCGCCAAGGAAGGCGCCAACGUCCUCAUGGCUGAUAUCUCUGAGACGGCCCUUGAGAAGGCAGUCGAGAAGCUGCGCCAACUCGUGCCCUCCGUCCACCGCGUUGAAGUCCGUGUCUGCGACGUCUCAAAGGAAGCCGAUGUCGAGGCUCUCGUGGCACAGCUCGACAGCUGGGGCGGCGUGGACAUCAUGUUCAACAACGCCGGUAUCAUGCACGCGCUCGACGCCGACGCUGUUGACACUCCUGAGGCCGUGUGGGAUCUUACUCAAGCCAUUAACGUCAAGGGUGUCUGGUUCGGUUGCAAGCACGCCGUCCUCUCGCUGCGCCGCCACAACAAGCCUUCGGGCUCCAUCAUCAACACCGCCUCCGUCGUCGCGCUUGUUGGCUCGGCCACCCCCCAGCUCGCCUACACUGCAUCCAAGGGCGCGGUUCUAGCACUUACUCGCGAGCUGGCUAUCGUACACGCCCGCGACGGGUACAGAUUCAACGCACUCUGUCCGGCGCCGCUGAACACGCCACUCCUGCAGGAUUGGCUCGGUGACGACAAGGAGAAGCGCCACCGCCGCGAAGUCCACUUCCCAUCUGGCCGCUUCGGAGAGGCCGUGGAGCAGGCGCACGCGGUGCUGUUCCUGGCGAGCGACGAGAGCAGCUUCAUUAAUGGGCAGGACUUUGUCGUGGAUGGCGGGAUGACAAAGGCGUAUGUUACCCCUGAGGGACCGGCGAAGGCUGGCCCGAAGAACAAUGCCCAGUUGAGUGAGCAGGUUGAUGCUAUUCGCGGGACUGGUAUUGUGGAUGCUUGAGAGAGCAAGGCAGGAUGCUGGGUUAUGUGAUACAUGAAGGGGUAACGGGGAUGGGAAUACGGGAAUUGGGGAGUUGGUCGUUGGAUAACGAUGCAGGAAGACAGUCACUGCGCAUUUUUGUUUCUCACUGUGCCGCGAUUUUGCGGAUAUUUUAUAAAGGCAAAGGGAUUGCGGGCGCCUACGUUUUGGUUUCUGAUGAAUGCAUCGUUUCCACCUAGAUACCUAGAUACCUUUAUAGAGAAAUUGAUUAUCCGAAAAGAAGAC